AGGGGCAGGAGUCAGGUCUGUAUCUGAUGAGGAAGGCAUUUUACUGUCAGAGUAAGGCAUAAAACUGCUGGCCUAAGACAUGAACCUGAAGAAAGGGAGACAGAGGAGCUGGUCAAGCUCUCUUACAUCACUUGGAUAUCAUACAAUGGACUCUAACAUGACUAUUGUGAGGCCAGCAUACUUCAUUAUCAGUGGCUUUUCAGGCAUCCCUCAUGUUAACUACUACUAUUUAUUUUUACUGGUGCUCUACAUCGUGUCAGUGGUGGAAAACGGGAUAGUGAUGGCCUUGAUCUGCUUCGACCAGAGUCUCAAGACUCCAAAGUAUAUUGCUGUGUUUAACUUGGCGUUUGUAGACAUGGUCGGCAGCUCUGCCCUGGUGCCAAAGGUUAUCGACACGUUCUGGUUCGAGCACAAGUACAUCUCGUACAGCAACUGCUUAACCUAUUUGUUUUUUUAUUAUGUGAUCCUCAUCAUGCAGUCUCUUAAUCUGGCUUUACUCUCCUUUGACAGGCUAGUAGCGAUCACCUUUCCAUUGCGUUAUCAGAUCAUUGUGAGUCUGAAGACCAUGUUCUCACUGGUGGCUGUUAGCUGGAUUAUCUCCAUCUUUGACAUGUUAGUAGCUGUAGGAUUUCUAAUCCGGCUGUCCUAUUGCAGGUCUGUUGUUAUCAACAGCUAUUUCUGUGACCAUGGGCCGCUCUAUCGACUUGCCUGCAAUGACUAUCGGCCUAAUGAUAUAAUUUCAAUAGUGAUACCAGUAUUUAUUAUUUGGGCUCCAUUGCUCUUUAUUUUGAUAUCUUACAUGUGCAUUGGUGCAGCUUUGGCUAAAAUAGAUGGCGCGCAGGAUAGGAUGAAGGCUUUUAAAACAUGCAGUGCUCAUAUAAUGUUGGUGAUUAUUUAUUACUUACCUAUUCUAGUCACUUUUAAUGUUGCUGCUAAAAUGCCUCGCAAUGCAAGGAUAAUAAGUCUUUCUCUUGCAGCAGUCAUACCUCCAGCGUUGAACCCACUGAUUUAUGUUCUACAGACUCAGGAAAUCAAACUGUCUCUGAAAAAGGUGUUCAAAAGAAUGAAGCAAACAAAAAUUAGUAGAAUAUCAAUAUGUGAUAUUUAAUUUCAGAUAUUGUGUUGAAGUGUACAAUUUUUGUUAGGCAAAACAUUUGUAAUAGUGCUCACAUACGACAAAAAGCUAAAAUGGGAUCUUAUAUGAGCUUAUCAUUGUUGUUUAUCAGAUAUUUAUGUGUCUUGUUGAAUUGCAUGCAAUAACAUUCAGGCUGAUAAUACACUUGCCAACUUGUUUACAACUGUUAUUCUUCGGGUUCCAUUGCUGUUU